AUGCAGCACACUGCAGUGUACGAGGUCGUGCCCCGCCCGGCGGUGGUAGCCCAUUGGGAGCGCAGGCGCAAUCGCCGGCAGGUGCACUGGGUCGUCGAGUGCAUCGCAGAAGCGACGGGAACGUUCCUGUACACGUUCGCCGGCGCGGGGGCUACUGCCGCGUACGUCCUGGGCAACAUCCUGGAGCUCCCUGGAUUGGGCAGCCUGCUGCAGAUCGGUAUUGCGUACGCGGUUGGGAUCGCGCUCGCGCUUGCAGUGUGCCUGCCCACGUCUUAUGGCCAGUUCAAUCCCGCGAUCACCAUCCAUGCCGCAGUGUUCCAUAAACUACCUCCUCUUAAAGCUGUUAGAUAUAUAAUUGCCCAAAUAUUCGGGUCGUAUAUUGCAUGCCUAUUGAUCUAUGUCCAGUACAAACAGCUCAUACAUACAGCUGUUAGUGCGCUCCAAGCGAAGGGGGUGUACGACACGGUCAUGUUCACGUCUGCCGGCCCUGGAGGUAUCUUUGGGCUGUACGUCAACCCGGGCUCGGACCUCGGCUACGUCCUCCUUAACGAAUUCGUUUGCGACUUCAUACUCGGCAUCGUCAUUUUCUCGUGCACAGACCCGGGAAACCCCAUCUCCACACCGAGCACGAUGCCAUGGCUCAUCGCCCUCGCAUACGGCGUCGUGGUCUGGGGAUAUUCCCCUAUCGGCCUCGCUGCCAACUCGGCGCGCGAUCUGGGUGGCCGGUUCGCCGCGCUGACACUGUUCGGCAAAGCCGCGAGUGGCGGAAACUACGCCGCACUCGCCGCGCUCACGAACAUACCCGCAACGCUCCUCGCCGGCGUCUUCUACGAGCUCGUCUUCAGCGACUCCACACGCAGUGCGUACCCCUCGUCGGCCUCUGCUACCGCUCACACACUGACAGGGUCGCGCGUGCAGCGAUUCACCCCGAGUGGGAGCGGCUCAUCAACGCGCGGCAUGCCGAGCUCGAGCGCAAAGAGCACGGGCCCCCGACGACGACGUUCAAUGUCUCUGACUCCUCCGUAG